UCCUUCGCUCUUCCAGCCACCACUGACGCUGAUUCCUCUGCAGGGGAAAAUCCAGAAGCCGCUUCUUGGAGGCGCCCCCUCCGCGUGUGCGCUCGCUCGCUCUAGCUUGUCAUUGGGGGGAAGCGCCCUCCUGCCUUGGGGCUGGUCUUCUGGAGGGCUCCCCCACCCCCCGCGACAACUUUCUGCAUGACUAUCUCUAAGAUGUCAUGGCGGCCGCAGUAUCGCAGCUCCAAGUUUCGAAAUGUCUAUGGCAAAGUGGCCAGCCGAGAACACUGCUUCGAUGGGAUUCCAAUCACCAAGAACGUCCAUGACAACCAUUUCUGUGCAGUGAAUGUGAAAUUCCUUGCCAUAGUAACAGAAAGUGCUGGUGGGGGCUCCUUUCUUGUCAUUCCACUGGAACAAGAGAAAGUCAUCUCCAACACAAGUCAGGAAUUUCUUGGAGGGACCAGGUUUGGCAGAAUUUGUCUCCCAACAGAUAUCAAGACUGGCCGGAUUGAGCCAAACUACCCCAAAGUUUGUGGCCAUCAGGGCAAUGUACUUGACAUCAAGUGGAACCCAUUUGUUGAAAACAUAAUUGCAUCCUGCUCCGAAGACACCUCAGUUCGGAUAUGGGAAAUCCCAGACGGAGGCUUGAAACGCAACAUGGUGGAGGCUGUGCUGGAGCUGUAUGGGCACAGCCGGCGUGUCGGUCUUCUUGAGUGGCACCCAACCACCAACAACAUCCUGUUCAGUGCCGGGUAUGACUAUAAGGUUCUCAUCUGGAACCUGGAUAUUGGUGAGCCUGUGAAGAUGAUCGACUGCCACUCCGACGUCAUCCUCUGCAUGUCCUUCAACACUGAUGGUAGUUUACUCUCCACCACUUGCAAAGACAAGAAGCUCCGAGUCAUAGAGCCACGUUCUGGCAAAGUCCUCCAGGAAGCGAAUUGUAAGAACCAUCGCGUGAACCGGGUUGUCUUUUUAGGAAACAUGAAGCGGCUUCUAACGACGGGUGUCUCUCGGUGGAACACGAGGCAGAUUGCCCUCUGGGAUCAGGAAGACCUUUCCAUGCCCUUAAAAGAGGAGGAGAUUGACGGCCUAUCUGGGCUCCUCUUCCCUUUCUACGAUGCGGAUACCCACAUGCUGUACCUGGCUGGCAAGGGAGAUGGGAACAUCCGCUACUAUGAGAUCAGUACCGAGAAGCCGUACCUCACUUACCUCAUGGAGUUCCGCUCUCCAGCCCCACAGAAAGGCCUUGGAGUGAUGCCAAAGCACGGCCUCGAUGUCUCUGCGUGUGAAGUGUUCCGAUUCUAUAAGCUCAUCACGUUAAAAGGGCUUAUUGAGCCCAUUUCCAUGAUCGUGCCAAGGAGGUCAGAAACAUACCAAGAAGAUAUUUACCCAAUGACUGCGGGAACAGAGCCUGCCCUCACCCCGGAUGAAUGGCUGAGCGGAACGAACCGGGAUCCCAUAUUGAUGUCCUUAAAGGAAGGCUAUAAGAAAACAUCUAAAGUAGUUUUUAAGGCACCCGUAAGAGAAAAAAAGAGCAUUGUUGUUAAUGGGAUCGACCUCUUGGAAAAUGUGCCCCCCAGAACAGAGAAUGAGCUUCUCCGAAUGUUCUUCCGACAGCAGGAUGAGAUCCGGCGGUUGAAAGGUGAGCUUUCGCAGAAGGACAUCAAAAUCCGACAGCUACAACUGGAACUGAAAAACUUGCGCAACAGCCCGAAGAACAACGAACUCUAAAGGACGUUUUCUAAACAAACUUUUUGUUUAUACCUGCUCUUUAAUUUUACUGUAUCCACUUAACACACGAUAUGAGCCAGAGAGCCCAUGGGCAGCCUUUUGGGUUCACCUGCUAACUGGAAGUAUGUUCUGCUGUGGUCGAUUUCCUAGUACUAAAAGAAAAGCGUUGUCUGUAUGAUGUAACUGAGAACUACUGCAUGAAAAGAACAAGGGACCCAAGUAUAUCCCAGGUUUCUCUUGGAGUAAAAAGAGAAGUCAGUUUGUUUCUUGAUGCAGCAAAGUUAGGGGAUUAACCAAAAGGGCCCACAGUUUUUCAUUCCAUCCUUGAUCAUUCAGGGGAAUGAAGAGGGAAAUCUGUGUGCCCUGCAGAAAGCAAUUGCAUUUCUUAGUCUUAAUAUUCUUUCUUUUCCUAUGCAAAGUGUGACUGACAAUACACACUGGGUACAAAACUGAAAUUCAGGUUCAUGAAACUGGAAGGUACAUCGAUGAGCUUGAACAUUAAAAUUCAUCCCCUUCUCCAGGAAUGUGCUGCACAAGCAAAGAGGUGAACCUCCAAGAUUCCCUUAAUGCUGCAGACAAUGCUUGGGGUUAAGGCCAUGCGCUGCUUUCUCAGUAUUCCUAAAAAUGCCAUUCCCUCCCCCUCCCCCAAAUGGCCACUGGCAUCACUUGUACAGUGGGGCCAGCCCCACUUUUGCUGUAAAUAGGUGGCUUGUCUAUGCAUCAGCCUUUGGUUGGUUGUCCCACCAAAACAGAUGGUGCUUGCAUCAGCUCUAAGAGAUACCAGCUGGGUGGACCUUUGGUUCCUAACCAUUAACCCCCAAGUCUUCACGGAUUAUAACACUUUAUUUCUGUCCCUCACAUGGCUGGGAACACAUACACAGCCGUGCAAGAUUGCAAAGGUUUUGAAGGAAGAAGCUCUCACUGGGGACUGAGUAAAUCUAGGAGGAUGCCUUAAUACCAGAUCAGGCCAUUGGUCCAUCCAGCCCAGUGUUGUCUACACAUACUGGCAGCAAUGGCCCUCCCCGGUUUCAGGCAGGGAGUCUCUCCUAGCUCUACCUGGAGACGCCGUCGGGGAUUGAACCAGGGGCUUUCUGCACGCCAGGCAGAUGCUCAACCACUGAGCUAUGGCCCUUUCCCUGGCUCAGGCUACAAGAUGCCUGAAGCCGACUGUAUUCCUGCCCAGCUUUUUCCCAAGGCAUUGCUAGGUCACCCUCAGCAGCUCCCGGCAAGGCUGUGCACGAGGCAAAGGGAGGGGCCAACCUGCAUCCUUGCCUUUACAUUGGGUAGCGUUUCUAAGCGAAAGGUUGCUGAGUGGGUGCUUGCUGCAAGUUGGGUAUAAGCUGCUGCCUCAGCAACUGGGACAUCCAUGGUGCUGGCUGUAGUGCACUGAACCUUUGUAGUUAAGAAGAGUGGCCCUCGCCCCAAAUCCCCAGGCAAUGACUUUGAGCAUCCUAGCAAACGCCUGUUCUUGUUGGAUUCCUAGGUCAUCUCUCCAAGAACCCAAAUUUGUCGAGGGUUUAAGAGAACCCCAGCGAACUGGAUCUUGGAAUGAGAGACACACGUUAAAUGGUAAAUCUGUCUUGACUUUCUCAGCAUAAGUACAGCAUCCUGCCAGUGGGGUGAGCUUAAAACACUUCACUUCCUCACUGGUCAUUAAUCAAAAUGGGACUGCCCACUAUGUAACUUUGUGAAUGAUUGGGGGGGGGGCAGGUGGGAUCCAAGCAGCAACAAGAUUGCUUGAGGAGCUUUUAGACAGAGGCAUGCCCCUCCUUCCUUGCUCAGAAAUAAGAUGAUCGUUUCACCUAUGGAAUCCUGAUCCUUAAAAUUGCCCUUCACGUGCAAAAGGGGCAGGGGAGGGGAGGAGAGAGAAUAUCUCAUUACUGAAAUUACUUUGCCCCCACUGGGACUGUCCUAGAAUAAACAGGUUCACACUUGUAGUCUUGAGUGUAGGGACCCAGUAAUAGGGAGCUAUCAUGAAGCUAUAUCCUACAUAGAGAACAGUGGUGGUAAAGGUAAACCUUCAUGUCUGCAGUAUGAGGAUAAUUAUACCGGGACCUACCUUACAAGGUUAUUGUAAGGACUGAUGAAAUAUACUGCGAGGCAAUUUGAAUGCUCAAAAAGUGCUAUGUAUAAAUGCUACAGUUAAAUACAUACAUAAAGCUUGUAAUUCUGGGGCCAGAACUGGUAGGAAAAUACUGCCUCUGAAAAGGCCAACACAUGCAAUUUUGACAAAGAUGAUCCCAGGAGCCUGAUCUGGGAAUCAUCUCUGAGCAUGUUGGGUUGUUGGCAUGCAGACAAAUCCUUUGUCUCCAAAGUCUUAUCUUAAAACCAUUCCAGACAUAGCUGCUGGCGACCCCCCACCCCUUCUUGGUCGCAGCAAUUGUUCCGGUAAGAGGUUGUGGCUGCAAAGUGCAAGCUGAUGAAAAGGGCAGAGGUGGCUUCGGGUUGGAGGGAGGAGUGAAUUUGGACAACUGCAGCUUCUCCCACAGCGAUGAGAGAAGUUCCCUCUCGGACACCACGGCUCAUGGCACCGAGUCCUGCCGGACCUCUUCUGCGUCCCCCACCAGCCUCCUUAUGUGUACAAUCGCUGUUCUUCAAAAUUAGACCCAGGUUGCAGGAAGAGGUUCCACAUACUGCUCAUUCACAUGUGGGUGCCUGCUCCCCCCCCUUCGUCUCUAAGCACCAGCCAGGCAAGUGUGAUGGCUUCUCUCCCUCCCUCCCUCCCUCCGUCCCGUGCUCCUCCACCCCAAACCAACAUUUACAUUGCGUUCUGUGCCUAACACUGACCCCCACCCACCCUGUCCGCCAUCCUCCAUUUCAGUGUUCUCUCACUCGCUUAUUAUUUAUGCUGCCAUAAAAAUAGCGACAAAAUAAAAAAGUUAC